GCAAAAUUCCCGAAACCAUGAUCCUACAAAUUUCCCCUUCUGAACUAAUGUCCGAAACAGGGAAAUAUGUUGUAACAUUUAUUUGAAUGGAAAUUAGAAGAACUGGAUUGGAAAAAAGAAGGCAUAUUAUUCUUUAGCUGUAUACAAUGGAACUUCAAGACGUAUACUACAAUAAAGCAGAAUACGUUGAGACGGCAUCAGGCAACAAGGUGAGCCGUCAAACAGUUUUAUGUGGAUCACAGAAUAUAGUCUUGAGUGGCAAAGUAAUAGUACAGUCUGAUGCUAUUAUACGUGGAGAUCUUGCCAAUGUACGUGCUGGCCGGUACUGCAUCAUCAGCAAACAUGCAGUUAUUCGGCCACCAUUCAAGAAAUUCAGCAAAGGAGUAGCAUUCUUUCCCCUUCACAUGGGUGAUCACGUUUUUGUUGGCGAACACUCUGCAGUAAAUGCUGCUAUAGUUGGUUCGUAUGUCUACAUUGGGAAAAAUUGUGUGAUUGGUCGCAGAUGUGUUCUAAAGGACUGCUCCUUUAUCGAGGAUAACACUGUUCUACCACCCGAGACUGUGGUACCUUCUUUCACCCGAUAUGGAGGUUCACCUGGUGUCUGCAUUGGGGAAUUACCUGAAUGUAUGCAAGAAUUAAUGCUGGAUUUUACACGCAACUAUUAUCAGCAUUUCCUGCCAGCAAAAUGAAUCUAUAUGUAUUUUGUUUCCUUCCUUUUCUCUUUAUAUAACAAAGUUAAUGGAUGUAACAGCAAUAUUUACAAUCCGUAAUUUUUUUAUAUUUCAGAUCAGCUGCCAGUAACAUGUAGAUCAUCCUUUACCAAAUUACUGGGUCCAGUACUAAUCAUAUUCAUUUACAGUAAAAAGUUAAAGAUAUUUGUCACUGGACCCUUAUGUACAUUUUGUGCUUACAUACAUUAGACAUAUUGCUUUAUUUUUGAGAAUUAAUUUUCCUGAUUCUUUUUGUAAAAUUGUUUGUAAUAUAUUUUCAAUCUACUUCUACUUUCUUUUUCAUAUAUUCAAUAAAGGUACAACAUUUAUAGUUUA